AUGCAUGCUCCCUCCACUCUCUCCCAACUCCAAAAGAUUGCCGUUUCUACUUCAGAUAAUAAGAGCCCAAUUUCUGGAAGACGAAGAGCCAUAGCCUUUGGUUCCAGUGUUUUAGUAUUGGCUUCCCUACUCAACUUGCAAAAUCCCAAUUCAAAACCACCUUUGCUUCACUCUGCUGUUGCCCAACAACAAGAUGAACUUCAGCAAGAAGAGGAUCGAGUUACUCACCUCUUUCAGGAAACCUCACCAUCAGUUGUUUUUAUCGAGGACAUUGAGUUAGCUAAAGUCCCCAACAGUCCUGAUGAUCAAGUUAUGCUUGCAGAGGAUGAAAAUGUGAAAGUUGAAGGAACAGGAUCGGGCUUCAUCUGGGAUAAGUUUGGUCACAUUGUAACAAAUUACCAUGUCGUAGCUAAAUUGGCCACAGAUAGAAGUGGAUUACAGCGUUGUAAGGUAUUUCUAGUUGAUGCUGCAGGCAAUAGCUUGUACAGGGAAGGCAAGAUCAUUGGUUUUGAUCCAUCUUACGAUCUGGCUGUCCUUAAGGUCGAUGUUGACAGAUAUGAAUUGAAGCCUGCUCCUCUUGGUACUUCUAGGGAAUUACAUGUGGGUCAAAGCUGCUUUGCAAUUGGGAAUCCUUAUGGAUAUGAAAAUACUCUAACAACAGGGGUGGUCAGCGGCUUGGGUAGAGAAAUACCUUCACCAAAUGGAAGGGCCAUUCGUGGGGCUAUUCAAACAGAUGCAGACAUUAAUGCAGGGAAUUCUGGUGGGCCAUUGAUUGAUUCAUACGGACAUGUCAUUGGAGUCAACACAGCUACCUUCACUCGAAAAGGGACAGGGGCAUCCUCUGGAGUGAAUUUUGCAAUACCAAUCGACACGGUUAUGCAGACUGUACCAAUCCUUAUUGUUUAUGGAACCCCUUAUAAAGAUAGCAAUUUUCUCGCUCGAGAUACAACAUCGGAGGAGGAGCUCGACGACGGCGGCGGAGACGGCGAUGACGAUAUCUCCAUCUGUUGCUCCAUUUAUUUUCUCUAUUUUGUUUUAGAUGGAGGAGUUCAUGGAGUUGGAGACU